GAGGGGGGUGAUUAGGAUGAAUUGUGUGUGAAUCGGGAGCGGGGUUAUAAAUCCAGCCCAACGAGUUCCGCGUUCAAGUCAAGUCAGGUCAUGGACAAAGAAGUAUUCUCUGUUUCGUCAGAUAUGGCUGCAUCUCGAAAUGGUGAUGGGUCGUCCCUCCUGGAUCUGGACACUGGCUUUUUGUAUUCCGGUUCGUCCAUUGACCUGCAUCAAAGGCUGCAAGUUGUGCGCAUGUCCCGUUCAGCGACUGCAGUGGAGUACCCUGGGCUCCGCUCCUCUGCACUGGCACCUCGGUGCCACCCUGCCAGUGCACGCUCCCCUUCCUUGUCCCCUCAAGUCCGGUCCCCGUUAACUUGGGACCACACUCCUGAGCCCAAUGGGGGCCUUGUUGUUCCUGUGGAGGUCCAAUCCCAUCCGGAGAUUGUGGUGGAGUACACUGGGGUUGGCACAUCCUCCCUGGCAUCUCGGUGCCACUCUGCCAGUGUGCUGUCCACUUCCUUGGCCCUCAAAGUCCAGUCCCCCCCCUUAACCCCCCUUACCGUUCCUGCGGAGGUGCUGUCGUCCACACCGCGUGAGGGGGAGAAGCUAAAACCUGAGCUGGACAGUUUACCGAAUCUGUCACUCAUCGACCUGCUAUCCCCCAGGUGGUCCCCGCUGUCCUGGAAGGUCUCCCCCUCGCAUUCUCCGCCCUGUUCCCACACAGUCAGCCUGCUUGACUCUACCCCUGAGUGCCGUUCCCCGUCCUUUUCCCUGGUGGAGGUUUCCUUCGUGUGAAGUGCAAGCUGGGAGCGUAGUUGUCCUUUGGCCUGCAGUCCGAGGUAUUGACUGAGGGUACUGAACUGAAAGGCCUGAGCCUGGACCUUGAGCACAAAGCCCAAGCUCAGGCAAGACGAUUGAGACAAUUCUCCAAAUUUUUAUUUGCAGCGUGAGGAAGCCUAACAGGGCAGUGGUACUGUUGCAUGAAGAUGUUCUUAUUAAAUGCAUAACUUUUAUACUUUUAGUUAACAAUAUUAAAUAAAAUGUAUACUGUUGAAAC